AUGGAGCUUCUCAAGAAAACGGCAGCGCUUCGCAUUGAGCAACAGACACUUAAUAUCCCACAGGAGGAGGUAACCAACAUUUCAUUAAGUGAUGUGCCGUUACUUCCUGAGCGUAUUGCGUGUUUUACAGCUCUUUCGCACCUCACUCUUGUCUCCAUGAAACCAAAGUUGAAAACCCUUUUGGCGAUACCUUUGGACACGCUGAAGUCGCUGCGAAUGCUUGACGUAAGUGACAACAAUAUUACCGUUUCAGCGGAUGAGACCCUUCCUGUGUAUCCCACCAUGCGGAAACUGUUUAUUGCCAAUAACAAAAUUAAUCAGUGGAGCGAGAUGGAGCGACUCGCUACCGCUUUCCCAAACGUCGAAGUACUCGAUGCUGCGAAUAAUAAUGCGUAUGAUUGUUCUCGCCGUGCUGAAGUGUUUGAACUGUUUCCAAAACUGUCAGUACUGGAUUCCAUGUCAAAGGACGGUAGGGAAGUGGCGGUUCUUGACACGGAUGAGGAUAGCAGUGAUGAAGAAGAUGGUGAUGAUGAUGAUGAUGAAAGCUUCCAGUCGUUUGUUAUUGGCGAGGAAUGUGAAGAUGAUGGAAGUGAAUCUGACAGCGAAGAUGAUGAUGAACCCCCUUCUAAGGUUGUGCGAACGGAAUAG